UUUGGUUUUCCUCGUUUGAUCCUUUCCAAGAUGUUAUAAUCUUGUCCUUAAUUUCAAUGCUCUCUCCUAUAAUAUUCAAAACCAUCAUGUAUAUAAGUGCAAAAGUUAUUGCCUCUCUUUCACAUCAACUUUAUUGAUGCUUUCUUUUCCUUAUGUGAAGCAGUGUUCGUUGCAUCGUGCACACUCUUGGUGAAGAUGGUUAAAAGUAGCCAAAGUUUCACUUUUUCUGUGACCCUCUUGUUUCUGAUUAUCUGUGGAAACACCCAUGGAACAGACACUGACAUAUUCUGCUUGAAAAGCAUCAAAGAUUCCUUACAAGACCCUCACAAGCAUCUCCAAUCAUGGAACUUCAGCAGCAAAACUGAAGGCUUUAUCUGCAACUUCAAUGGUGUUGAAUGUUGGCACCCUGAUGAGAACAGGGUCUUGAAUCUCAAACUCUCACACAUGAGUCUGAGUGGUGUUUUACCUCCAGGCAUUGAAAACUGCACAAGCUUAACAGGAUUAGACUUUUCAGGUAACAAUCUCAGUGGAAGCAUUCCAGAAAACAUUGCCACUCUUCUACCAUUUGUGACAUCUCUUGAUCUGUCUUCAAAUCAGUUUUCUGGACCUAUUCCUUUGAGUCUUGCAAAUUGCACCUACAUCAACACCAUUAAACUUGAUCAGAAUCAUCUCAGUGGUGAAAUUCCUCAGGAACUGGCCCUUCUGCCACGCCUCAAGAUUUUUACUGUUUCCAACAAUUCUUUGACUGGGCCUGUUCCGAACUUUACCGAUGGUCGUGUUGUGGUCAAUUAUUCAAACAAUGAAGGGUUGUGUGGACCUUCGUUGAAGCCUUGCCCCAACAAUUGAAACUGCUCAUUCAAGAUAAAUCCAUAUAUUUACAUGUUCAAAACUUGUUCUUCAAAAAGUUGUCAAGAAAUUUCUUCAAACAUACCUCUGAGUAUGUGUAAGAUGGAGAAAUAAGAAUAUACAGAAAUAAUGUUUUGACAAAUUUUUCUUUUUUUGACCUGCUAUCUAAACUCCUCUAUAAUAGAAUGUUGUUUUUGUUUCAUAA